ACUCAAUAAAAGUGAGGGACUUUGAUUGAAGCGCACAGAAAGAAGCCACUUACAAUAGGCAACAGAAGCAGAUAAUGAUGAUGAAGAAUCGCAUCAUUCUGGUGACCUGCGUCGUGCUUUUCUCAUCUCUCGCUGUCCUGGCACAUCAAGGCAGCUUUGGGCCAGAUGAGUGCUGUUUAAACUUUGUCAUCAAGAGGCUGCGUAAGAACAAUGUGGUGAGCCACAAAUACACAGACCGGCGUUGUAAAAAUGAAGGUGUCAUCUUCACAAUGAAGAGCGGUAAUGAAAUCUGUGCCGACCCGUCUGUGAAGUGGGUGAAGAACCUCGUCAAGGCCAAACCACUCACUAACUGACCAAAGUAUAUUUCAACACCACACUUACGCAUACACUCUCCAAUGUAGAGAGGCCUGCUCGGCACCCUUCACUGUUCCAGGGGGCGACAGAAUGUUGUAAGGCUGUAAUAAAAUAUUGAAGCAUUUUCUCUGUUA